UUUUUGCUCUUUUUGAGCCCACAUCUGCCAACCACGGACUAAACAACUGGGAAAUGAAGACUGCGAUGCCUUUGGAGAUCGCAGCAUGCAGCCCGGCGCCACCUCAGAGAGUCUGCAUGUGGACGCCCCUGGCUCCUCCAAAAUGUCCAGUCACAUGGAGGAGCUGAGGAUCCUGAGUGUCCACGGACAAGGGGAAGGCCCACUGGCGCUCGACAGCCAUGACACCUUCUUCACCGCGUCAGAAGUGGAGGCCCUGAACUCGUUGUCUGUUGACCACAGCGUGGCCACAAGCCUGUGCGCCGAGCGGUUGGUCCGCCACGAGGAACUGAGUGUGCAGCAGCAGACCCUAGACACCAUUUCAAUCAAGGUUGAAGAGGAUAUUGGUGGAGACAUGCCCGCUGUAGGCAAACGGAUCAUGUUGGUCAAAGUCAAGUUCAGAGGCAUCCAGAAAUUCAUCAGCAUUUCUGAAGCCAAGCUCAUUGAACUGCUUGAGUGUGCAUUCCAGAAGUUUGGCAUCUCCCUCAGCCAAUUGCCUAAUGCGAAGCUCUUUGAUGACUCCAAAACUGAGGUUGACCAUGAGGUGUUUGAAGAAGUGAUUGGUGCAAAUACUGGUGUUUAUGAGCUAUCCAUUGAUGGUGUCUCUGAAGGUUUUGUUUCUGAGGCACCAGCUGUUGGCCAUUCGACACCAGCUCUAAGUCAAGAGGACUCUAAAACUGACUCUACUGUCAUUCUAAGCGAUGAAAGUCCCCAGGGGAAACGGUCCAGACCAAAUAGGUCCGAUGCCCAUGCUUUGGUUGACGAAAUACUUCACAAGAAACCUGGUGGUGAUAAUGUCAUUAGGGAGUAUGACAGAACAAAAAUGUUGUCAGACAGCACACGGCGGAAAAUGGUGAACAUUCUAGUAGCUGAAAUGAUGGAGAAGCAUGGAAAAAUGCCACCACGCCAUAUAAGAGAAAUGUAUGCACGGGGAAUUAUUGAGCUCUUUCCAUACCUGAGGGAUCCCCAAACCAAACAUGGCUACGAACAUUACUAUGAUUCCCAGAGCGGCCAGGGUUACCUCAGUUGGCGAAUAAAGACAGUCCAGAGAAACAACUCGCACAGGAAAUCACCAAUCUCUAUCAAGACAUUUGAUGGAGGUCCAACAGCACAAAGACAAGUUGCAGGCACCUCUCAACACUCUGAUGAAGACUGCGUCAAUGCAAUCUCCCUGAUGAAGCAUAGUGUUGAUGAAGAAACAGUCAAGCAGAAAAUGAGGAGUACCUUUCGGUAUCGAAGGAAUAGGGUUGAAGAUCCUGAAAGAUGUGGCGAUGUCCUGGCAGAAUACCCACGUUUUAAAGAUGUGAAAGGCCUAAUUGAACAGGACUUUGUGGAGCUGUUUGGAGAGGCCACAAGCAACACAUUUAAGGAGAGAUGGCCCACCGCCUUCAAAGACAAAAUCAUCGCCCAAAGUAAGGGACUACACCGCACAGCUGAGCUCCAAGAACUCAUUGAUGUUGCUGAAUCAUCUGACCAUGUCAAUAGUGAUCGUGAAGAUAUGGGAUGGGACAGUGACAUGUCUGGAAUCCUCCUCCUCCUGUAUCUAUUUCCACCUUCAGCACAGGGUCGCAAGCGACCUGGCAAGAUGGCGGCGGCUCAAGCGGAGAAGCUUCUAGUGGUGUUUCAGAAGACAGGAACCAGCAUACAACAGCACCUUGAUUCCAUCGAAGAGAGAAGACAGCCCUAUCUUCUUGCCACCGGUACCAAGAAAAGUUGCAUCCAUGGCUACUACAUCAUACUGGACAAGCAAGCCAUAGCGUGUCAGGCUGUGAGUGCUGUUGGAGCAUUUGAUGAACUUUUCAAAGCUCACUUUGUUUUUGGCACAUCCUAUAACAAUGCGCUGUACAAAAUGUACACUUUCAUUCAGACCACAAUUUUUGAAAUAGACAUAGGGAAGGUUAGAGAGACUCCUCGGGUUGCUGAACUCCGAGCAAGAUUGCUCCACUUAAUUAGCUGUUGAGCUCUACUAAUCUAUGAGCCAGGUGGUCUCUGACAAUAUGUUGUGUAUUCUAUGUAGUGAAUGUUUUGGUGGGGUGAAUCUUCUUGUUAGACACUUGAAGAGUGUUCGUGGUUUAUUGCCUGGGAAAAUUCUCUCCCUUAAAUGUGGCCAGACUGGUUGUUCUCUUGAGUUUGGGUCGUUUUCAGGGUUUAGAAAACAUUUAAAUCGCGUUCACAGUGGACAAAGUUCAGUUCAAAGUAUCACUGAGGGACAGACCUCUGAGGCCAGAAAUGUGUCAAUGUCUUGUGAUGAUGAUAGUGAUUUGUGUUUUAGCGAUGUGGCUACCUCCUCAGUCAAAACUGCUGAUCUUUCAGUGACCAAUAAAAACACCAAGGAUGCUUGUGGCGCUAUUGUAGCUCAACUGCUGUCAGCAGGAGUAGGCCAAAAUACUGUUGAUGUGGUAGUGUCGUCAUUGGAAGAACUUGUAGAACAGAUUCAAAGUCAGGUGAAAGAAACAGCGUUAAAUGCUUAUCCCCAGAAAAUGAAAUGCAUACUGGAAUUACAAAAGCAUUUAGUGAAAUUGAAAAUCCAUUUACCUCCCUUUAUACAGUCUCUAAACAGAAGUCCUAUUUCAAAGAGACAUGUGAAAUUGUUACUCCUGUAGAGAAAGUACUUGGAGUCAGGUUUGAUAAUAGGAGGAAGAAAAAAACUGGUACUUACGACCAAGUGCUCGUCACAGACAAAUUCUCUUAUGUUCCUAUUCUACAAACAUUACUGUCCAUUUUCAAAAAUCCAAAGACGAGCAGUAUGCUCUAAUCUGGCAGGAGUUCCCCAGAUGGCUUCUAUGUUGAUUUGGAGGAUGGGUUAUAUAUAAAGGCACAUCCACUUUUUUCAAGUGAGUCAUGCAUUAAAAAUACAGUUCUAUGAUGACUUUGAACCAUGUAAUCCCUUGGGAUCCAAGAGAGGUUCUCAUAAAAUAGGAGGCAUAUACUUUACAUUGAGAAAUUUCCAGUCUAAAUUUAAUCAAUGUUUGGACAACAUAUAUCUAUGCAUUCUCUUCCACACCCAAGAUAUUAAAACAUAUGGGUUCAAUGCAAUAUUAGAGCCACUUGUGUCAGAGCUUAAAGUACUCGAGACUGAGGGAAUUGAAGUUCAAUGCUUUAAUGGCCGUUUACGGGGUAGUAUAUUCCAAGUAAUGGGGGAUAAUCUUGGAUUGCAUUGCUUGUUUGGAUAUGUUGAAUCAUUUUCAGCCCGUUACUGCUGUCGAUUUUGCCUGACUGAGAAGGAAAAGUUUCAUACUGUCUUUUUUGAGGAUGACCCCAGUGUGACUUUACGAUCAAAAGAUAUACACCUGCAACAUUGUGAAGCUAUAAAGGCAAACACAACACUAACUCAUGUGUAUGGUGUUAAGCGUUAUUGUUUACUUGAUGAGCUUAAGUUCUUCAGUGUAUCAGAGAAUUUUUCUGUUGACAUAAUGCACGAUAUAUAGGAGUUGCCCAAUACGAGAUGAAACUAAUAUUCGAAUAUUUGAAGUCUGACUUCAUUUCACACAGAGAACUACAAGCUUGGAUAGUCUCAUUCAAUUAUGGCUACACAGAGAGUAGGAACAAGCCACCUGGAGUCAGACUAGAAGAAGGAAAUGAUUUAGGGCUUAAUGCUAUCCAGACAUGGGGUUUUGUCAGAAAUAUGCCCCUUAUAUUUGGGGAUGUUUUGCAGAGAGGUGACAAGUGCUGGCAGCUUCUUUUACUACUUGUGCAAAUAGUCAACAUUGCGUUUUCACCUAUUUUAACAGAAGGUUUGACCAUUUGUUUAAAACAUUUCGUAGCUGAACAUCACAGGCUAUUCAAACGUUCCCUCUAAAAGGCUUUUGCCCAAACAUCCUUUUCUAAUUCAUUAUCCACGUUGUUUAAGACUUCUGGGGCCUGUUCUUCACAUGUGGUCAAUGCGUUAUGAGUCUAAGAAUUAUUACUUCAAAAAUGUAACUAAGACUCUAGCAAUCAAACAUCAAAGUGACUCGGCCGACAAGUUUGGCUUGGCGUCUACCACUAUUAAAAAGGGUCCUGGGAAAAUGGUUGCUCUGUGUGAUGUGAAUGAGGGUGACAAUAUUGCAUUGUAUUUGAAUGUUUCUGUGGAAAUUUCUGUUUUGAAUGUUAAAUGGGCAAAAGUCCAUGGCACUGAAUAUCGCCCCAAGUUGAUUAUUUGCAGUAGUGUUGACAUUGAUCUUCCUAAGUAUUGUCAAAUCAGAGCCAUUAUUGUACAAGAUGAUGUAGUACUUUUGAUCUGUGUAGUUCUACAUACAUGUUGUUUUGAUGAACAUUUUCAUUCAUUUAAAGUCAGUUUCAAAGAGGUUGAGGAAUGGAAGAUUGUCAGUGUAAAUGAACUUGUGUACCAUAAACCGUUUGACUUGCUGAUGACAUAUGGCACACAGGAUGAUUUCAAAUAUAUUGUGCCGAAUUGUGUCUUCAUUUAGAAGUCAUGUUGACCUCUCCAAUAAAAUCUGAACUGAAGCUGAAA